CCAGUGGUUGUAUUGAAUUGAAUGGGAGUCUCUCUGCAGCAUCAGUGCAUGAAAGAGUGAAUGACAUGAGUGGAGUUUGUUCUGCUGCUACUUCCUGAAUGUUUGCAGUUCAGAGCUGACUGCUUUCAUCAGGAAACAGUGAAGUCUGCUCAGUUAGUUUGAUCUCUAAAGAUGUCCACACAAACUGAAGCUGCAGCAGAUUGGAGAGGGAAAUUUAGCAGAAAUCUUCAUCCAGAUGGAAGAGAACAAAGUGAGGUGGAGAUGUUAGAUGAUGAAGAGCAGCACUCUGAUCAUGGAUUACAACAAACCGAAAAUCAGAAGCAGAAGAAUCUUCAAGCUGAGAGAAGAAACUGUUUCAGAGUUUUCAAGUUUUCUCUGGGAGUUUUCUGUUUCCUGAUUCUGGCUGGACUCAUGACUCGCUAUCAUCUGGUGUCUUUGGAAAAAAACAGACUGAAAACCAGAAACAAUCACCUGCAGACUGAACUUUCAGGCAUCAACAAAACUCUUUUGGAUGAAAUAAAACAGCUGAAAAAUCAGAUUGAAGACAUGGUGGUCUACAUUAACAAUCUGCAGAUGGAAGUUAAGAAGCUAAAGAAUCACUUUGAAGGCAUCAACAAAACUCUUUUGGAUGAAAUAAAACAGCUGAAAAAUCAGAUUGAAGUCUUUGAAGGUCAAUGGUGUCCUGAAGGAUGGAAGAGAUUUGGAAGGAGCUGCUACUAUAAAUCUACUGAGGAGAGAAAUUGGUUUGACAGCAGGGAUUUCUGUCAGUUUGUAGGAUCUGAUCUGGUGGUGGUGAACAGCAAAGAGGAACAGGAGUUUGUUUCUACAUUGAAUCAGAAAGAAGAAUCCUGGAUCGGUCUGUUUGCUGGAUGGUCAGUCCAGAAAUAUGAAUGGAAAUGGGUUGAUGGAUCACCACUGACAGAAACGUUCUGGGAUGAGAGGAUUUCAAAAGAUCCGGACUACAACAAUGCAGUGUCCUUAAGUGCUGACGGGAAAUGGACACGACAGGACCAAUGGAACAACUACAAAAACUGGAUCUGUGAGAAAAACCUAAAAUUCUGAAUCUUUCUGUUUCUGAUCUGUGCAUUGAUUUAACUGUUUAGUAAUGUAACUACAAAAAUGUUUUAUUUUUUUUUAUUUCUUUGUGUUUACUUCUCCAAAAUAGUGAUUAAAGGAAGGUUGUAUUUUAGUUUCUGGUGAAUUGUUCAGAGAAAUGAAGGUGUCAUCUAUCAACAACUUCAUCACAUUUAAAUAUCAGUUAAAAAUGACUCAGAUAAACAGGAAACUGUAAUAAAUGACAUGAAAACGAGCUAACUUAGAGCAGCAGUUCAGACUCAGGUUUGGUCUGUAGCAAAUAACAAACAGCUUCCACAAAGUCAACUGAAAAGUUACAUCUAGAAAGGGAAGUCAAUGUUUGGAACAUUUUUCUGUAUUUUCUCAUGAUUUUGAUGGAAUAUUAAAAGAAUUUAUGAUGGAAAA